AUGUCAUUUUGCGGACAAUUGAAGAAAUGUGUAUUAAAUGCUGCAAACAAUUCGUUGGCAGUAAUACUGAGAAGUGGUGUCCACUCGAGUGGUGUACUCCAGAAAGAGGGCGAUCGGCGGUCAAUGAUGAAGGGUUUGCCGAAGACUGACGAGGGCUCUGCCGGCGAACGCUUCCACUUCGGGGGCUUCGAUAAAGUGGUGGACUUUCCCUCUCUGGACACUCCCAACACACUCUUCGACGACAUCCCCUUUAAAGAGCUGCCAAUACUGCACAUCAAGAGCACCAAAAACAACACGAUCUUCGCGUUGUGUCGACCGGACGGCCACUUCAUACUGACCCGGAGCUGCGGAAUGGAGGGCUUCAAGAACUGCCGGAAGGGCACUAAUGUGGCCGCACAGGUGACGGCUGUGGGCAUGUCUGCGCGCAUCACUAAAAUGGGUUACAGGACUGUCCGCGUUUGCAUCAAUGGUUUGGGACCCGGAAGGCUGUCCUCAAUCAAAGGCCUCCAAACGGCCGGCAUUAACAUUGUCUCCAUUACAGACACGACACCCAUCUGUGAGAUACCCAUCCAUAGACCCCCCGCCGCCCGAAGUGUUUAG